AUGGCUACGGAUCCGAAGCGGGUCUCCGGGUCCACUCCGGAGUGGCUCCCGGACUGGUUUCUCGGCCCCGACGCCGCGGAGAUGAAGCGCAACGCCUCACCUGCGCCUCCGACAUCAAUCGCCGAGGGCUCUUCUGACGGGAUACUGGGACACAAGGCGAUCGAACAUGCUGCAAAUGAUGGCAACGAGAACAAUGAGAACAACGAUGGCUUCACGGAGCGACCGGGAAUUGAGAUCCUGGUCAAGCCGGAGCCCGACCGCACUGUGAAGCGCAAGUUAAGGGGGAUUCAUCUUUUUAUGAUUACCAUCAACGGGACACUCGGGACUGGCCUGUAUUGGAGAAGCGGUCAAAUUCUCGAGCUCGGGGGUCCCCUCGCCGUUCUCUUCUCUUUCGUCCUGGUUGGCCUUCUCGCCUGGGCGGUCAUGCAAUGUGUCACUGAGCUGCUAUGCAUCUGGCCAGUACCUGGCGCCUUAUCCGUCUACGUCAGCACUUUCGUGGAUCCUGAGCUAGGGAUCGCUGUUGGAGUCGCGUAUUGGUUCACUUAUUCCGUGAGCUUCGCGGCUCUCAUUGCGACCAGCUCUGCCCUAAUGAACUUCUGGAUCAACAAGGACGACCAGGGCCUGUCCAUCGGGCUUGUCUAUGUUCUCAUUCCCAUCAUCAUGGUCGCUGUGAACUCAUUCGGCAUCGAGGUGGGUUCCCUAUCUUGGAUCAUGUGCUUCGACCAUAUGCUCGUACUUACCAAAGCCCCUCAGAUUUAUGGCUGGAUUGAGGUAGCUACCGGAGGCAUCAAGAUUGCAUUUCUCGCUGUGAUUGUAGUCGCCCUGAUCGCCAUCACGGGUGAGGGCUCGGCAUCAAACGGCUCGGCAAUACCAAUUUUCAAGGAUCCAUUCCAAUAUGACAAAGACGCAGCCUCAAACUGGGGCGUCGCCUUAUUAAUGUCCCUGUCAAUAGCAGCCUUCGCCUACGUCGGCGUCGAAAUCGUAGCCGCCUCAGCACUCGAAGCCAAAUGGCCCGAACCCCGACGCCACUUGACCCAGCAAGACCCGCAAGACGACUCCCAGCGCUCCAGCCCCGAGACCUUGAUCGGCCGCACCGUCAAGUUCUCCGCCAUCUUCAUCUCCGUCCUCGUCGCCGUCGCGUACACCCUGAGCGGUAUGCUCGUCUCCCUCAACAUCGAACCGAACGACUGCGCCCUCCCGCACCUCAGCUGGGUCAAGAACACCACAUCCUGCGAGUGGAUGGUGCCGGAACACAGGAAUACACACCGGAACUCGACGUCUUCUGCCUUUGUGGUGAUUGCGGGCCGAUCGAGUGCCCGCGUGCUGGAUCACGUUUUUAACUUUUUUCUCGUGUUUACGGCGUUGACGUGUGCUAAUACGAAUCUGUAUGUUGCGUCGAGGAGUUUGUUUGGUCUGACGAGUCGCUUGGAUGGAGGGGCCGGUCAGCCGUGGGUGCUCAGGACUCUGGCGUGGUUCGGGAGGACGAAUAGUCGUAAGGUGCCGCUCAGGGCCAUGGUUUUCUCGGCUCUGGCUUUCUGGUGGGUGCCUUUUCUCCAGAUCUCUGGGGGGACGGAUACCAGCACGCCUGUAGGAAUGUUCAUCGAGAUUCUUGCUCAGAUGGGCUCGGCCGGGGUGGUCAUUGUAUGGGCAUGCCAAUGUCUGGCCUUUAUCAGAUACUACCACUGCAUCGACAGACACCGCCACGCCCUCGAAAGCCGCAAAAUCCCACAAGUCCAACGCUGGAACUCCGAGAACCGAGACUACCCCUAUCACAGCCACGGCCAGCCUUUCCUAGCUUACAUGGCCUUCAUUAGCUGUGUCUUUCUCUUGCUGGUCUCGAAUGGCGCUGCUGUUUGGAAGAGCUUCAAUCUGUUGCCGUUUCUGUCGGCUUAUCUUGCUAUAUUCGUUUUCCUCGCUCUGUGGGUGUGCUUGAAGCUUUUCAGGGGCGCAAAAUGGUCUUUCUGCGAUCUCUCGGAUCGGGAGAGAGUAAUCAAGAUCAUCAGGCAUCUUCAUGAACGACGAGCGGGCACGGUCUGA